GCGUGUUUUCCGGAGAUCUGCAGGCCUGUGCGGCCACGUUGUCGUAGAAGCGAUGCCGUCAUCGGGGCGUUUCCAGGUGCGGGACGGUGAAGAGAGCAACGGAGGGCGGGAAACGAAAGAUGCGCUUGCCGACUGAUCAAUGGUGUGUCUGUUGUGUGUGGUCUGUCUGUGUGUGUUGGCGGUGUGCAGGUGACGUGUCAGACAGAGCUGGUAAGCACCGAGGCACUGAGGACCUAUCUCUCUCACUUGUGGAUCACAUCUCCCUGUGCUAUCAUCACGGCUGUUGGUGUGCAGGGUGAGGAGGUCCGUGUUGUGGGCAGCAUCGACGAGCUGGGCCGAUGGGAUGUAAGUCGCAAACACUGCCACACACCACAGACCGGACAGCGUCAACUGACGCAUCCAUCCAUCGGUGGUGUGCUCGCCGCCCGUGUCACUCAGGUGUCGAAGGCCCUCCCCCUCACCACCGACGAGCGCAGCUACCCUCUGUGGUCCUCGGAGGUCAUGAAGUACCCCUCGCUCAAGACAGGCAUGAAAAUGGUGGGUAACAACCUCUGCAACUCUCUUGCAACACAAGCAAGCGUUGGUUGCUUAUUUGCGCUUGUGUGUAAUGUCUGUCCUUAAUGACUGCAAUGCAGGAGUACAAGUAUGUGGUGGUCACUCCCGAUGGCGAGGUCAAGUGGGAGGAGUUCCCCCUCAACCGGCUGUUUGUGUUGCCGCCCUCGUCUCGCUUCCGCGUGACUGACGGGACGUUCGGUGAGAUGUCGCCCAACGAGACCAACAGGUCCAAGGUCAUUGUCGAGGUCUACGCACCCCCCGACUGGACAGUCGUCGAUGGGUGAGGAAGGAACAGAAAACACCUUUAGAACAAACAUGCCAUGCCGUGCCAACGAGGUGUGGUGUCUGUCACAUGCUUGAAUGUCUGACAGGUCGUCGAUGGAGUCCCCGUCGCCCAACGUCUCUCCCCAGUACUACCCGCCCUCUCUGCCCCCUCCCCCGCCCCCCAAGCAGCCCCUCACAGAGACCAGCGAGACGGUCGUCAUAGUCACCAAGGAGACCCCGCCGCCAACCGCACCCAUUCCCAUACCCCAGCCAGAGGAAACAGUCCCCACCACAGUCCCCUCUCCCUCACCCGCAGCAGCAUCGCCUGACGCCACCACAGUCAGCCCCUCGUCGUCAAUCGCGCGUAUGGCUGCUGUGCCUGCCCCGGAGGAGACCAAGGAGAUGGGGUCGCCGACUCUGUCUGCCGAGGGCAUGACGGCCGACAGCGAGGGAGAUCUGGACGAGGGCAGCCAUGCCCCCGUUACGGGGGAGGGUGUGGUGGUUAUGAGCGACGUCAAAGAGGCCUUGUCGCGUAUCUCGGAGGGUGAGGAACUGACCAACGAUGAUGUCAGCGGCGGUGAAACCAACAAAGUGCAGCAGCAGGUAAAGGGCAAGCCAAGCCAGCUCGUCAUUCGUGUCUCAUAUCUGCAGACAUUGUGUCGCUUUUUUGUCCGUGUGUCUUGCUGUUAUAUGCUCAGAGUGCCCCCGUGUGUGUGUCUGAUGUACGCCAAGUGAUGCCUCCCGCGCCUCCAAACCGGUCCCUGUUCGGCCCUUCCUCACGCAAGUCGACCCCUGCAGACAUCGAACGAUCCCGGGCAUUCCUCAGCCGCAUGUUCGGGGGCGUCUAGGGAGAAGAAAGGCAAGACUCAACCUCCGUGCCCUUCCUUCUUUUUCUCUGUGAUUUUUCUGGCAUACCAGACGCCUGCAAUCAAAUGAUGGAUGGAUGCUAGGCUGCCUGUUGUCGCCUGUGACCGUUUGUUUUCAUGUUUCACAGAGAGAGGGAGGGAGUUUUGGCGAGCAGGGCAAGAUCGUAGGGAGGGAGGGGGGAGGAGAGGAACGAAAGAAGUGUUUCUGUCUCGGAUUUUUCUCUUCUCACAUCAUGUGCACACAAGACAUGGCUGCUUUAUUCAUUCAUCCUUCCAUCUAUCCAUCUGUCAUCGCAUCUUUUCUUUUCGUCCGUUUGGUCGUGUGUGGGAAUGCGUCUGCACACUGACGGCGCAACGGCUGACAAGAGGGGCGCUCUUUUGGCUCCAUCGAAUGCAUUGCGUUACAUUGCGUAUAUCGCACACACAUGGGACAUGGGGGCAGAAGGAGGGGGAGGGGAGGGGAGGGACGGGAGAGACAGUGACUGACAUAUGCCGGGGUGUUUUUCAGUGAGGAGAAAGUGGGAGUGAGAGCUGCCGACCGGCCGGCCGGCCGACUAGAGGAGAGGGAGAAGUGUCUACUACCUGCCCAUCCUGUCUGCCUCUAUCGCUUCUAUCCUUUCCUCUCUCAAACCAGACAGAGGCCAUUUCCUUCCAUUAAUUGCGGUACUUAGUGAAAGC